UUUUUAUAUCAAACUUAUUUUCAAAUUGUUUUAACCAAAUUGAAGGUGACAGGGAAUACAAUCCAUGCUUUUAAUUACUCAUAAAUUCCCGCCAGAUAUAAUAUGUGUUAGAUGGCACUGAUAUAUCAUUGAAGAGAGUGGCGCGAAAAACAUGUGUGGUCGAGCCGCUUGUUCCCUGAAUCCGGAGACUUUAUGUCGUGCUUGCGAAUACGAAAAUGCAACCGGUAAACGACAGACGAUAUCAUGGACCAAAAGCGACGUCGAAUAUGUUCCAUCCACCAAUAUUGGUCCCAAAGAUGUUCUUCCGUGUAUCAUUGCUGGUUCACAUUGUGGCGAAGAGAAUGAAAGAGUCCUUUGUGCCAUGAUGUGGAGUAUGAUUCCGCCCUGGCAUGAGGGAGAUUACAAAAAGCACAGCUUGUCAACGCAUAAUGCACGUUUGGAGAAUAUUAAAAAUUCCAAACUAUACAACUCGCCAUUGCGCAAUGGGCAAAGAUGCAUAAUAAUUUGUGAAGGAUACUAUGAAUGGAAAGCUGGGAAAACUAAAAAAGAUACUAAACAACCGUAUUACAUUUAUGCCAACCAGAGGAAAGAAAUAGAAGCAGAUGAUCCUUCAACAUGGGAAGACAAAUGGUCCGAGCAGGAUGGGUGGCAAGGAUUUAAAGUCUUAAAGAUGGCAGGGAUUUUUAAUAAAUUUAAAACUAAAGAGGAUAAGAUGAUAUAUAGUUGUACAAUAAUUACUACUGAGGCAAAUAGUGUUCUCUCUUGGUUGCAUAACCGGGUACCUCUUUUUAUAAAUAAAGAACAAGAUUUAAGGCUCUGGCUGAAUGAAAAAUUAUCAAUAGAUGAGGCUAUUGACAAAUUAAACAAAUUAACGUUAUCAGAAGAUGAUUUAAAUUGGCAUACAGUUUCAACUCGUGUAAAUAAUGUAUUAUAUAAAAACGAAGAUUGCAGAAAGAAGACAAAAGCAAUAGGAGAGAAAAAAAGCAACUCUACUAGUUUUAUGGCUUCUUGGUUGAAGAAGGGGUCUGCAGAGUCAGCUAAGAGAAAAACUACCGAAACUGGAAAAGAUGAUAACAGACCAACGAAAAUUACAAAGGAAAACUAAAAAACUAAAUUUAAAAA